CACAAGCAACCUUCACUCUAUGGAACAAUAGGUAUAUAUACCCCUUGAUGUGUUCCUUUUGGACAUCCCUGAGGUAUUCUGAAGAUACCAUCGAUACACAGACAACUUCUCCAUAUAAAAUAUAACAAUGUCAACUGUUCUCGUCACCGGUGCUUCAGGAUUUCUUGCCCUUCACGUUGUGGGCCAGCUCUUGGAAAAGGGCUAUAAGGUCAUCGGCUCUGUUAGAUCUCAAGACAAGGCCAAUAAACUUGGAUCCGAAUUCCAUAAGAAGAUUGGCUCCAAGGCUGAUAACUUGUCAUUCACAAUUGUUGAAGAUAUAGGCGAAACAGGUGCAUUUGAUGAGACUUUCAAAUUGCAUCCCGAGAUUGAAUUUGUUCUUCACACUGCAUCGCCAUUCACCCUUGGAUACACUGAUUUUGAGAAGUCUUAUUACAUUCCGGCUGUUAACGGUACCCUUGGUAUCUUGAAUUCAAUUCAGAAAUACGGCUCAAAGGUUUCCAAAGUUGUUGUGACCUCGUCCAUGGCAAGCAUAAUGAAUUUUGAUAAGCUUACCGACUCGUCCUUUAUCCAUGACGAAACCGUUUGGAACCCCAUGACCAAAGAAGCAGCUCAGAACGAUUUGUUUGCUUACUGUUUGUCCAAGAAGCUUGCUGAAGAGGCCGCAUGGAAUUUUGUGAAGGAGAAUAAUGUUAACUUUACAUUAAACACUGUCACACCUCCUUACAUCUUUGGUCCACAGUUCUUUGAUCAUGAUGCAGCAGCAGAAAAGUUGAACCAAUCUUGCCAAGUGAUUGCCAAUGCCUUGGAUUGGAAUCCUGACGAGGCUUUUGUCAACAACAUACGUACAGGAGCAGCUGUGGAUGUCCGUGAUGUUGCUGCUUUCCAUCUCAUCCCAUUGGAGAAGCCUGGGGUUGAAGGUCACCGUCUAUUCCCAGCUUCUGGUUUGUUUACCGAGCAGGAUAUCCUGAACAUCAUCAAUGAGAACUUCCCUCAAUUGAAGCUUGCAAAAGGUAAACCAGAUGACACUGAGAAUCCGUUUCGCUACUCAAAUGAGAAGACUGUGGAGCUGGUUGGAGGUUACAACUUCAUCCCACUAAAGAAGCAAGUUGUUGAUACCGUUCAACAAAUCUUGGAUGCCAGAGCUGCUAAGUAAACUACAACAAAGAUAUAUAAAAUAAAUCUAUAAUUGAAUUAUCAGAAAUAUAUAACAAC